CCACAUGCUUCCGGCGUGAUUGUCGAGGAAAGCAAAGCUACCGGUAAUUUGGCAUAUUUCAGUACAAUUUUGUCUCAAUCACGUAUUGAUGUACUAGAUUCAACAACUAAUAUUCAAAUCUCAUUGUAUACCAGUUCACAGGGAUCAUAAUUUCAGAUUAGAUGUAAAACAAAAGUGGAGAAGAAAUUUUUCAAGAUCAAAAAAUGCCUAAGAAAGGAAAAGGAAAAUCUAAAGAAGAGGAACUUUGGAAUGGUGAUGAGGAGGAAAAUGCGUUAGAGGAAAAGAUGAAGAAAUUAGCAACAGACGAUGGAGCGGCUGGUAAAGACAAAAAGAAAAAGAAGAAGUCAAAGCUUGCACAGCUGGCCGAGUUAAUGGCAGCGGAGGAUAAUGAAGAGGAAAAAGAAGAAGAGGAGGAACCUGUUCAGCCAGUAGGAAAGGAUAAAAGUAAAACUAAAACCAACAAAGCGAACAAGAAGGGGGAGGUGAAGUUUGAUUACUAUGAAUCCGAGGAAGAAACACAGAAUAAUGAGGAGGAGGAGGAGGAAAAAGAGGAGGCAGUCGUGGAGGAAAACAAACCUAAAUUGAGUAAAAAGGAGCUGAAAAAACUCAAGAAGCAGGCAGAGUACCAGAAGCAGCUGGAGAGUAUGGAAUCAGGCGGAGUGGAAAACUUCACAGUAUCCCAGGCGGAGAAAUCCACUAAGGCUACCGUAUUAGACAGUCAGGAUAUCAAAGUCGAGAAUUUCUCUAUUGCAGCUAAAGGAAAAGAUCUCUUUAUUAAUGCCAGUUUGUACAUCACGGCAGGGAGACGUUAUGGUCUUGUGGGGCCCAAUGGACACGGAAAGACCACACUUCUGAAUCACAUGGCUAAAAAGAUUCUAAACAUUCCGGCAGGUAUCGAUAUUUUGCUCUGCGAACAGGAAAUUGUGGCUGAUGAUACCAAAUCGAUUGAUUCUGUGCUGAAGGCUGACAAAGUGCGCACAGCCUUGCUGGAGGAAGCGAAGAAACUGACAGUUGAAGUGGAGAAAGGGAACUUAAAGAUUAAUGAACGACUUAACGAGGUGUAUGAUGAAUUACGGGCAAUAGGAGCAGACGCGGCAGAACCCAAGGCAAGGCGGAUCCUGGCCGGUCUGGGCUUCACCAAGGAGAUGAUGGAACGGGCCACAAAGAACCUGUCAGGAGGCUGGAGAAUGAGGGUGUCCCUAGCCCGGGCUUUGUUCCUGGAGCCCACACUUCUCAUGCUGGAUGAGCCGACCAACCAUCUUGAUCUCAAUGCUGUCAUCUGGCUCGAUAACUAUCUGCAGGCCUGGAAGAAAACACUGCUUGUGGUUUCUCACGACCAGAGUUUUCUGGAUAAUGUUUGUACAGAUAUUAUUCAUCUGGAUCAACACAAGUUGUUCUAUUACCGAGGAAAUUAUGCGACCUUCAAGAAGAUGUUGAAACAGAAGAGGAAAGAACAGGCCAAAGCAUAUGAGAAACAGGAAAAGAUGCUGAGAGAUAUGAAGGCUUCAGGAAAGUCUACCAAAGUCGCAGAACAAAAACAGAAAGAGGCCCUGACCAGAAAACAGGAGAAAAACAGAAACAAGAAAAUGCAGACGGCUGUAGAAGAAGAGAAUAAGCCCACGGAAUUGUUACAGAAGCCAAAAGACUACGUUGUCAAGUUCCAUUUCCCUAACCCCACUCCACUAAAUCCGCCUAUUUUGGGUCUGAAUAAUGUGACAUUCGCAUACGGAAAUAACUCACCCCUGUUUGUGAAGCUAGAUUUUGGUAUUGACAUGACCUCACGAGUGGCCAUUGUGGGUCCUAAUGGUGUGGGAAAGUCCACGUUCUUGAAACUCCUUGUGGCAGACUUAGAGCCACAGAAAGGCGAAGCAAUAAAAAAUCACAGACUGAGGAUUGGAAAAUAUGACCAGCAUUCAGCCGAUCAACUGAACAUGGACGAGACACCGUGUGAGUAUUUACAAAGACUGUUCAACAUACCAUAUCAGGAUUCCAGAAAAAUGCUGGGAAAAUUCGGACUUGCCAGUCAUGCCCACACCAUCAAAAUCCGAGACCUCUCCGGCGGACAAAAAUCACGUGUGGCUCUGGCCGACCUCUCAUGUCGCGCGGCAGAUGUGUUAAUUCUCGAUGAACCAACCAACAAUCUGGACAUAGAAUCGAUUGACGCUCUCGCUGAUGCGAUAAAUGAGUACAAGGGGGGAGUGAUUAUUGUGUCUCAUGAUCAGCGAUUGAUUCGAGAAACAGACUGUACAUUGUGGGUGGUGGAGGAUCAAACUAUUAAUGAGGUGGAUGGAGGAUUUGAUGAUUACAGACGAGAGCUCCUGGAAUCUCUAGGAGAGGAAGUGAUGAUAUCUCAGCCUACAGAUAUUGAUCAAUGACACUAUUAAGAUAUUGUUUAUACAUAUAUAUAAGUAUGUAGUUUGGAAUGGCGAGCAUUGGUUGCUUUAAGUGCAAUGUCUGGUUAAAAAUCACUGUAAUCUUACAAGUUACAUACACUUUUAAUUGCUCCUUUUAUUUUUAGGGAAAGGAUUCAAAUUAUUUAUUGGCAUUAUUGAUAAUUAUGGAAAAUUACGUACUAAUUUUAUGAUCUGAAAAUUUUAUAUGAUAAUGAUCAAAAUAAUUUUUUAUGAUGUUGAAAUCUUUAAAUGCUUGGAUAUACUGAAAUUGUAAUAAAUGUAUAAAAUCACUGAAACAGGAGUGAGCAAAGUACUACUAUAAAAAUAACUAGUGGUACUACAGGGCCACAUGCUGUUCAGACAGAGACUGUUACAUGUACAAAAGUGAAAUAUGUGUUUUAGAAGUGAAAUCUGUUUUCAGAAAUAAGGUAAAAUCUGUUAAUCUAUUUUGAAAUUUGAGAAAUUGUUUUUAUCAUAUUUUUGGAAAUAUCAAUUUGAUAUUAAUGUUUUGAUCAUGUUCUUGGGAGAUAUUUAAGUGAAAUAAAGCCAUAAACAAUGAGAA